AUGGAUUUUGCCGGUUUGGAGACAGUGGUGGCGAAUUCUGCCUAUCUGGCAGCCAGGGGCAGUAUCGAUAGUCACUUGGCGUUUGCCAUGCAGGACAGAAGGAUGAGGGCCCGCCUGAAGUUGCCCCCAGUGUCUCAGUGCCAGCCCACUGAGGGCGAGAUGGACUUGACGUUUGAGAGCAUUUGCUGCCAGCAACCAGUGGGCAAGAGGCUGUUCCAGCAGCACCUGAGGAGCACCGAGCAGUUCAAGAUGGCCGCUGGGCUGUGGCAGGUCAUGGAGGACUACAACAGCAGGCCGGAGGAGGCUGAACACAUCCCGCUGGCCCUGACCAUCGUCCACCAGUACUACGAUCCUGACUCCCGGGAUUUCUGCUCCUUCCUGAGUGAGGACGCCAUCGCACGGGUGCAUGAGGGCGCGAGGCUCGGCAGGGCCGACCUGUUCCGGGAAUCGGAGCAGCAGCUCCUGAGCUACCUGGAGGCCCAGGCCUUUGAGGGCUACAAGGCCAGCCAGUUCUUCCAGCGCUUCCUGCAGUUCAAGGGGCUGGAGGGACAGCCGGUCGGAGAGGAGUGGUUCGCCGACUUGCGGGUGCUGGGCAAAGGGGGCUUUGGUGAGGUGUGCGCCUGCCAGAUGAGGGCCACAGGAAAACUCUACGCCAACAAAAAGCUUAACAAGAAGCGGCUGAAGAAACGCAACGGCCAUGAGGCUGUGAAGAUUGAGAAGCAGAUUCUGGCCAGGAUUCACAGCCGUUUCGUUGUGACACUGGCGUACGCGUUUCAGACGAAGCAUGACCUGUGUUUAGUUAUGACCUUGAUGAACGGGGGUGACCUCAGGUAUCACAUCUACAACGUGAAUGAGAAGAUGCCUGGCUUUGAUGAGGCCAGAGCGUGUUUCUACUGCGCCCAGAUCCUCUGUGGCCUACAGCACCUGCACCAAAACCGUAUUAUCUACCGAGACUUGAAACCGGAGAACGUCCUGCUUGAUGACAAUGGCCACGUGAGAAUAUCAGACCUGGGACUAGCGACUGUGCUGAAGGACGGCUGCAGCCACACCAGGGGCUAUGCAGGGACUCCAGGUUUCAUGGCUCCAGAAAUGCUGAAAGGGGAAUGCUAUGAUUUCUGUGUGGAUUACUUCACACUCGGAGUCACGCUGUAUGAGAUGGUCGCUGCAAAGGGACCUUUCCGAUCCCGGGGACAGAAGGUCGAGCCCCAGGAGGUGAGCAGGCGGACGCUGAAUGAGCCGGUGUGUUACCCCAGCAUGUUCAGUGAGGAAUGUAGGUCACUGUGCGAGGCUCUCAUGGCCAAAGAUGCUUCGGAACGCAUCGGCUUCAGGCAGGGCUCCUGCAGCGAGGUGAAAACACACCGGUUCUUCCAAACAGUCAACUGGACCAAGCUGGAGGCUGGUCUCAUCGAGGCCCCAUUCACCCCUGACCCUAAGACUGUCUACGCCAAAGACAUUGCUGACGUUGGAACCUUCUCCAGCGUCAAGGGCGUUGUCCUCACAGAGAGCGACCAGCAGUUUUACAAAGAGUUUGCUUCUGGGAAGAUGGCGAUUCCGUGGCAGGAGGAGAUCAUCGAGACCGGCGUGUUCGAUGAACUGAACGUCUGGGGAGAUGGAGGGUUAACACAGAGUGACGACUGCUUCAAGCCAAUUCCCUCUAAUCCGGGCAGCUUCCGGGAUUCUGCUCCAUCCGGCUCCGGUCUCAGGCCCCCAACUCCAGGUCAGUUGAGCGGGAUGAGAGAGAGAGAUGUUUGGAUUUCUCUCAACCUCACGGGAAAAGCUGGGGACCGCGGGAAGGACACGGAAGCUCCUGUUGGGUUCCUGAGCAGCCAGUAG